AUGGACUUUUUCUAUAGCUCGAUUGGAGCUUCAUCAGUUAUAGUUCUUCUCAUCGGGGCAUGGAGAUUCUUGAAUUGGGCUUGGAUCACACCAAAGAAGAUGGAGAAACGCCUCAGGCGGCAAGGUCUACAGGGAAACUCUUACGGGUUCUUGUUUGGAGACACCAGAGACAUGGGAAGGAUGCUUGAGGAGGCUAAGUCCAAACCAAUUUCUUUAACAGAUGAUAUCCUGCCUAGAAUCAUGCCCUUCAUCAAUGAAACAAUGCAACAUAAAGAACAGCUUUUGGUAGCAACCAUGAAAAAGGGCGAAGGAUCUUUGAACUCCAAAGAGAACAGGCUUUGUAUAUUGAGCAAGUUAUGCAAUCCAUUUGCCUUCCAGGGUGGAGAAAGAAACAAAAGAAUGCAGAAGAUUUUCAAGGAAGUAAACUCAUUAGUUAUGGGCAAUAUCAACGAAAGGCUGAAGGAAAUUCAAACAGGUGAAGCUACAAGUGAUGACUUGUUGCGUAUUUUAUUGGAAUCCAAUUUUAAUGAGAUCCGACAACAUGGAAAUAAGAACUGCAUGAGCCUUGAAGAAGUCAUUGAGGAGUGCAAGCUAUUCUAUUUGGCUGGACAAGAGACAACCUCAGGAUUGCUCGCCUGGACAUUAAUUUUAUUGAGUCAACAUUUUGAUUGGCAGGCUCGUGCCAGAGAUGAGGUUCUACAGGUUUUUGACAACAAUGAACCUGAUAUUAGUAAAUUAAAUCACCUCAAAAUUGUAAGUAUAACUUGCAAAAUUAUGCUCCCAUCUUAG